AUGAAGUCCGCAUCCGAGGUUCCUGGAUGGGGGGUAUCAGGGGGCAAGAUCCUGGAUGACCCCACCCGUUACGACUUUGACGACGAUGGCAGCGACUCCUGGCACCAGGUUUUGAUUCGCGUGCCGGGGAUCACGGAUUGCAGUGGCGUUUGGGGCGAGGACGGCGGCAGUAGCAUACGGUACCGCAGUGGGCCGGACGAUGAGGAGAUGAUAGCGUAG